AUGGCAUCCAGCAGUCCCAAGUCUAUCAUCAACGAUAAGUCUGUCAUCUAUCCGACUAUCAAGAACGGUGAUGGUUUGGAUGGUUAUCGCUAUCUUGUCUGGGGAUCUCAAGUUGGUACUGAGGAUCACAAUAAGCUCAUCCAUGGUAAACCGUAUCUCCCUGUUGUAGACCAUCCUUCUAUAUCUCCUGAAGUCAUCAUCAAGUUCAAGUCGCUAGCGACAGAAGGAAGCUAUCACUGGUGCCCCCUUAUCGACGAGCACAUCUCAGUUAUCAAGCCCUUCUACCCAAAUCGUGUUGUCGACAUCGACGACUCUAUCUACACCGAAUUUGAGAAGGAGAUCUCUGCCUUGAAUAUAUCAAAGCCAGGUUCAGUAUCUCCUUACAUCUGGGCUUCACUAUCGCCGGUGUUGAGAUGGUAUAUCUUACAUGGGGAGACUCACACCAUCUUAUCUAAGGAUGAGCCUAUCAACAUGGAUCUCUUGGAGGAGUUAAAUCUGAUCAACAUCCCAAGGAUCCUCAACUUGGGUAUCUUCGCCCGUUAUAUAUCUGUGGUAGCCAUGGGUAUCGCCAGUGACAACUAUCUAUUCGAUGGUGAUCACCACAUUGCCGUUGGCCUAACACCUAUGGUAGGGUUUGAUCUACAGUCAUCAAGAUCUACUACGGCCGGUUGUAUCGCCAUCCCAAGAGAUAUAUAUGAGGGUACCAUUAAGAUCAACUAUAUAUCUAAAAUGAUCUUGUAUAACUGUAUCAUAUCUGAUACCAAUCUACAGGAAGAGGUCGAUGUUAGAUCUAUUCUUGGUAAAUCUGGACCUAUCUCAAGGGAUCUCAUCUUGAAGAAUGUGGGCCAUAUCGGCCAUCUUAUUGUAUCGUCUAACGACCUCAUCACCAUAGAUCGCCUUAUCAAGGGUAUGCAAGCCUAUCAGAGAGUCGAGGAUAUCGUUGGUUACAACAUCGCUGCCUUGGAGGCCGACAGUGAUCUGGAGGAGUAA